AUGAUCACCAUGAGAAAUGCUAUGGAGGCCAGCUCCUCAUGCAACGAUGGCCUAAGUGAGGCACUGUCCACUGUGUUAAAGGAGGUCCGUAGAGCCAUCGGCAGAGAUGUCAAUGGAGCUGAGCUGCUCCAUGAGCUACUGAGCGCCCCAUGGCUUCACUCUCUGCUGAAGGUUUAUGAGUGCCUGCUACAGUUCCAGAGACUAUCACCCAGCCCUUUUCUGCCUUACGCCUCAGGACUGUCACACGAGAUUAUGGCUGUGAUGAGGACACUUCCCAAUCCAUCAGCUGAUGCCAGAGAACUUUACAAUAUACUUAGAUCACCACAUAUGCAGGCCCUUCUGUCAUCCCAUGACAGUGUCGCCCAGUCAGACUAUGGACCUGUCUUACCUGCUCUGCCGGACAGCUUACCUGAGGAUGAGGAGGCCAUGAGAAUUGUCUGUUUAGUCAAAAACAAUCAGCCGCUGGGGGCAACUAUAAAAAAGGAUGAGGAAACAGGAGAGAUCUAUAUUGCUAGGGUGAUCCACGGAGGCCUGGCUGACCGCAGCGGUCUUCUCUAUCCGGGUGAUCUGUUAGUGGAGGUGAACGGAAACUCAGUUGAGGGUAUGGAGCCAGAACAGGUCAUCCAGAUACUGAUCCAUUCCCAAGGUACCAUCUUGUUUAAAGUAAUCCCAAACAAACCACCGACCACCAGCAGCCAGACACUGGUGUUCAUGAGGGCAAUGGUAGACUACUGCCCCCUACAGGACUCCACCAUCCCCUGUCCUGAUGCUGGGAUGGCCUUCAACAAAGGGGAUCUACUGGAGAUAGUUGAUCAGACAGAUUGUCACUGGUGGCAGGCCAGGAAACUGCCCAGUGUUACAUCCUGUGCAGGUCUCAUACCAUCUGUUGGCAUGCUCAAGAGUAAGCAGAGGGAGCAGUGGUGGUGUCAGACGUUCCAGACCCACACCUGCCUCAGACCCUUGACUUCAGCUGACAAUGAGGAUGAUGCAAAGCCUGCUGAUGAGAAAUGUAUUAAAGCAGAUGAGGAAAAUAUUGAUAUUGAUGAGACUCAGUCUGACAUUAUUGAUGGAAUCUACCUGGCUGGUUUUCGACUGAGUUUCCGUCUGUGGAGGAGAACAGCCUACAGGAGGAGACGACAGUCCUGCUACUGCUGCUCACCCAAUAGCACCUCUCUGUCAAAUCCCUAUGAGGAAGUGGUGACCUACCAGCGCCCACCACAGGAGAACCACCGCCUCAUUGUCCUUGUCGGAGCCUCCGGAGUAGGAGUCAAUGAACUGAGGAAGAGACUCAUCAAGCUCAACCCCUCCACCUUUCAGGGCCCCGUACCACACACCACCCGUCCAGUCAGUGAAGGAGAGCAGACAGGUAGAGAAUACCACUUUGUCACCAAGGAGCUGUUUGAGUACAUGGUGUGUAACCACAGGUUUCUGGAGUAUGGGGAGUAUAAGGGACAUCUGUAUGGCACCAGCAGCGACUCUAUUGGCGAGGUCCUGAAGAGAGGAAGGAUGUGCAUCAUUGAUGUUGAACCACAUAGCAUCCAGCUAUUGAGGACUAAGAAGCUGAAGCCCUACAUUGUCUUUAUCAAAGCUCCUAGUCUGGAGCGCCUGAUGCAAACACGUAGAAGCGCUCGAAUAGUCACCAACAACACCGUUAAAAGACCGUUCAUGGAAGAGGACUUUGAGGAGAUGGAGGACUCAUCCAGGCUGAUAGAGUCCAAGUAUCGGCAGUUUUUUGACAGCAUCGUUGUGAAUGACAACCUCCAGGAUGCCUGCAUGGAGCUCUUCUCAGUCAUACAGCAGGCACAAAACGAACCCCAGUGGCUACCAGCCACCUGGAUGGCAGUGGAUGACUAG